CAUCGAUUCCCAAUAAGCCAGCGGAAAAUGCCAUGCUUUCUCGCCGAGGAAACCUCACUCACAACUUUCUCCACUCUUUUGUCGUCUAUUUUUGAGGCAUGAUUGCUAUAAAUGUGGGGCAUCUUCCUGAUCACCUAUAGAGCAGGUCAUCUUUGCCUCCUUUGGCGGGAUGAGUGGCUACGACGGGCGCCUGAAGGGCAAACGCAUCCGUAAACCGCAUGCUGGCAACUCCAACACAAAGGCGCGGUGGAAAUACUUGAGCGCAGACGUCACCGACGUUGUCGACAAACCAGUCGCCAAACUCCGAGCAAAGGCGGCAGCAAGAAGGGAAUCCGGCGUCAAGUCGGAGAAGGCAGCUCUGAAAGUAGGCUACGAUAUCGACGGUGAUGGGGUCGUCGACGUCCGUGAAAUGCGCCUUGCCAAGUUCCUCGACGCGAUGCUGCUCGAACGGCGGAAGCAAGGAUCGGACGAUUGUCCCGAGCCGACUGAAGCCGAAGUGCUGGCAAUGCAUCAGAGCGCAGGUCGAUUACUCAUCGCGAAGGAGUUCGUGGAGCGCAACCACGACCGACUGUGGCGUUACGGCUCCAUCUUCACAGACAUGAACGAUAAUCAGGCCGCCGAGUUUAUCGCAGCGCAUAAAAACUUUAAGAAGCUUAUGCCGUUCCUCGAGAGCACGGAGCGCAAUCGCACGGUCCGCUCAUCGCAUCAAAUGCGCACGUGCAUUCAUGGUGAAGUCACUGCUGACGGUUUGUCCAAUGGCCCUACCGAGCGGCAGACGUGGAUUGAGACAACUCGAAAGAUGCGGAGUCCGUCGUUCACGAAGCACCCUUUGCCGGAAUUGGAGCCCAAGAAGAAGCUCGUGUCGCCCGCACUUGAUCCCAACCAGGUCGAUUCGGUGGAGCGCAGGCUGACUGCCAGUGCAAGCAGCCCAGAGGUAUUCUCUAACGCCUACGGCGCCAUCGAUAUCGACGGAGAUGGAAUUGUAGACGAAGACGAAAUGAAGAUGCACUUGCGUUUGAACGAGAACACAAGUGGCAACAACGAUGCCCGCGACGAGGUGAAGGCGCGACACUUGCAACAGCUUGAAGGGCGUAAAAUGAUGGUGGCAGACUUCGUGCAACGCAAUGCGGGCCAGAUGUGGCUGUACGACGCGAGCUUCCGGUACAAGUCCACCGAGCAGAUUGUGGACGAGAUUGCAAGCGGUGCCGGGUUCGCCGCGGAAUUCAACCGGUUGCGUGCCAAGGAGCGCUUCGUCAAGCUAACGUCGUCACUGGGCGUGUCCGGUUGCAUUGAGCAGAUGCCAACGGCUGAGCCGCCCGUGGACCCGUCCAACGUGCUUGAAUUCCGCCGGGUCAAAGAUCGAUCGGAGCUGCUAAUGGCGCGCAAAGAGCUGCUGAAGCCGCUCCAGCAGCGUCAGUGCCUGGCUGUCGGCGACAAGGGAGGGAGGAGUUCUCCGGGGCCGCUGCGCUUCCGUCCACGAGGCAUCCGCGAGGAACACGGCGAUAUGGCGCGCUCUCGAAGCGAAGGCAGUCUACCGACCGGACUUCCACAAAUAUAUGAUACUCCCGUCAGAAUUGAACCAACGAGAACAUUCUCAGUCACAAAGUGGUGCUUGGAGACAAACUAAGCUAAAUACAUGGUACGAACAUAUCCACAGUUC